CCCUUUUUACUUAUCCUUCACUUCUUCCUGCUCCUCAGUAUGUGUAACACGUGAAGGUCUCAACAAUGGCGGAUCACUCCACCUUCCAUUAAAACCCCCCAAAAGAUAAGAACCCCAUUCUCAAUCUCAAUCUUGUUUCAUCGCAGAAAAAAAUCAGCAAUUUUGAUUUAAUUUUUGGUUAGAAUUAUGUCGAUUUCUCGUUCACUAUGUCUACUACAACCAACACCAAUUUCUUCAAAUAAAUCUUUUCUUCCUUAUCGAUUUAAAAAGUUUGAUAAAAAUUUAUGUACUUCUAGUACUGGAUUGAAAUGGGGAGUUGCAAGGAAAAAAGGAAUGUUAUUUUCCAUGAAUGCAGUUUCUGCUGAAGAUUUUGCUGUAAAUGUAGGAGAAGAUUUACCUGAAAAUUACGGAGAUUGGUUUCCUGAGAAAGAUGUUAAAGAUAAGAGAAGAGCUGGAAUUCUUCUUCAUCCAACAUCUUUACAUGGGAAUUAUGGUAUUGGUGAUCUUGGUGAUGACGUUUUUAACUUCUUGGAUUGGCUUCAUGAUGCUGGCUGUUCUGUCUGGCAGGUACUUCCUCUUGUUCCACCAGGUAGGAAGGCUAAUGAAGAAGGGUCCCCUUACUCUGGCCAGGAUGCGAAUUGUGGGAAUACGCUAUUGAUAUCUCUUGAAGAGCUAGUUAAGGAUGGUUUAUUGAACAAGGAUGAGCUUCCGGAACCAAUGGAUGCAGAGCGAGUGAAAUUUGAAGCUGUUGCUAAUGUAAAGGAACCUUUAAUAGCCAAGGCUGCAGAAAGGCUCAUUCAGAGUGAAGGGGAUCUCAAUGAACAGCUUGAAGAAUUUCGUAAAGACCCUGAAAUUUCUGGAUGGCUCGAGGAUGCAGCUUAUUUUGCUGCAAUUGACAACUCUUUAAAUACCUUCACUUGGAAUGAGUGGCCUGAACCUUUAAAAAAUCGCCAUAUCGUGGCUUUGGAAGGAAUCUACGAGACAGAAAGUGACUUCAUAAACAACUUCAUUGCUCAACAGUUCUUAUUCCAAAGGCAAUGGCAUAAAGUUCGCAAAUAUGCACAGUCAAAGGGAAUCAGGAUAAUGGGGGACAUGCCUAUUUAUGUAGGUUAUCACAGCGCAGAUGUCUGGGCAAAUAAGAAACAAUUCUUAUUGAACAGAAGUGGUUUUCCAGUCCUCGUUAGUGGUGUUCCCCCUGAUGCCUUCAGCGAAACUGGUCAAUUGUGGGACAGUCCGUUAUAUGAUUGGAAAGCUAUGGAGGCUGUUGGCUUUUCUUGGUGGGUACAGAGAAUUCGUCGUGCACAUGAUCUCUAUGAUGAAUUCCGGAUAGAUCAUUUUCGAGGAUUCGCUGGAUUUUGGGCUGUUCCUGCAGAAUCAAAGAUUGCAAUGUUUGGCAAAUGGAAGGCAGGACCGAAGAAAGCAUUAUUUGAUGCCAUCUUCAAAUCUGUUGGAAAGAUCGAUAUAAUUGCAGAGGACCUGGGAGUCAUAACGGAGGAUGUUGUUCAACUAAGGAAAGCGAUUGGAGCACCUGGAAUGGCUGUCCUCCAAUUUGGUUUUGGAGGGGACUCGGAAAACCCUCAUUUGCUUCAUAACCAUGAGAGUGAUCAAGUGGCAUAUACCGGUACUCAUGACAAUGACACGGUUCGAGGCUGGUGGGAAAACUUGAAAGAAGAAGAGAAAUCAAGUGUACUCAAGUAUCUCGCAAUAAGCGAAGAAGGUGAUAUAUCGUGGACCCUUAUACGUGUUUUACUCUCCUCGGUGGCUAGAACUGCCAUCAUACCCAUGCAAGAUAUCCUUAGUCUGGGAAGUUCGGCAAGGAUGAAUAUUCCAGCUACACAGUUUGGAAAUUGGAGUUGGAGAUUACCUAGCUCGUUGAGUUUCAAUGACCUGGAACCCAAGGCAAAGAAGCUGAGGGAUAUUCUUUCAAUGUACGGAAGAGUGUCCUCAUAGAUUGCAACAAUUCUAUCUACAUUAUGAAAUGCAAUCUACUUCUGUCCUGCUAAGUAAGUCAAAAUUAUGUCAUUGAUUUGCAAACUAUUUAUGUAAGGCCAUUUGUGGAUUUCCACUAGAUACAAUUUAGUUAGUUACUAGUUGUCAUUCUUCAAUUAGGAUAAUAAGGUUAUGGCUUCGAAUUUUUACACUAAGCUUGACACUUAGCAGUCCUAAGCCAAAAGCUGAUGAAACAGAAGCUACAGAUUAGCAAUGCACAAUGCCUUGUUUUGCUGAUAAAGCUCUAUUGAUGAAUUGGAAUCCACUGAAAGCACACUUGAAAGACACUUCUUUCCUUGUGGCUUGUCUAUGCUUCUGAAAUACUAUCAAGUUUAAGGGCAAUAAAUUAUUUCCUUGCUUAGACUUCAUUAGACUCUUUCUCUCUUCUCAUUUACUUGAGUAAUUUUUGUAAUGUCUUUUACUUUUACUUGUCAACUACUUUAGGUGGAAAUUCAAAGAUCC